AUGUUUAAGUGCGCUGUUGCUACUGUUGCACUCGCGACUGCGGUUACUGCAGCCAACUACAAGCGUGUUACUUGCCCGGAUGGGGUCAACACCGCUACCAACGAGGCUUGCUGUGUGUUCUUUGCCCUCAGGGAUGAUUUGCAGAACAACCUCUUCGAGGGUCAAUGUGGGGAGGAUGUACACGAAAGUCUUCGACUGACCUUCCAUGAUGCCGUCGGUUUCUCCGGCUCGGGCCAGUUCAAGGGUACAGGAGCCGAUGGAUCGAUCAUCCUGUUCAACGACACUGAACUGCAAGAUCCUGCCAAUGCUGGUAUCGAUGACUCCGUCGAUGCUCUUGCACCGUUCUUGAUGCGCCAUGAUGUGACUGCUGGUGACCUGAUUCAGUUUGCCGGCGCGUUGGGCAUCACGAACUGCCCUGGUGCACCUCAACUGGAGUUCCUUGCGGGCCGACCGAAUGCAACCUUCCCGGCUCAACAAGGAACGGUUCCCUUGCCACAGAGCCCGGUUGACACCAUUCUUGAGCGUAUGGAAGACGCUGGAUUUAGCGACGCAGAGACAAUUCACCUGCUCGUGAGCCACACAAUUGCACGUUCCGACACGUUGGUUCCUGGUCAUGAGGCUGUUCCAUUCGACUCGACGCCGUUCACAUUCGACCCUCAGAUUUUCCUUGAAGUCCUGCUCAAGGGUGUCGGUGUUCCCUUCGGGGUCAACAACUCUGACGGGGCAGAAGUCGACUCUCCCCUCCCUGCAUCUGGCGAGAUGCGUCUCCAGUCUGACUUCGCUCUUGCUCGCUCCACGCGUACUGCUUGCGAGUGGCAGUCCAUGGUUGCGGACCAGCAAUUGAUGAUGAGCAACUUCCAGUCUGCGAUGGCGAAGCUCGCUAUCAAUGGACACAACCGUAACCAGCUUGUCGACUGCUCCGAACUCAUCCCAACACCGAUUGCUCCAGUCAGCUCUGCUGCUACAUUCCCUGCUGGUACUAGCCCAGACGACGUUGAGCAGGUCUGCCAAGAGCCAUUCCCGUCCCUCGUUGUUACUGGAGGACUGGCGACUCAGAUCCCGGAGUGCCCUGACGGUGACCUCAACCUUGCCGACUGCCCAUCUUAA